UUAGAGCUAUUGUUUUUAUAUUUCAACUACAACAGCAACAAAAAUCAACGAUAACAAUAUCUGUUUUCAUCAAAUUGCUUGCAAAGUGAAGAAAUUCAGUUGCUUUCAUAGCUUUCGAAUUCGUGUAAUUUAUUUUGCGGAAAUGCGUGUGUGCUGCCAGUAAUUAGUGCAACUUUUCAGCGAGAGAUAAAGAAAGGAGACAAUACAUACGAGUGAAGAAUUUACACAACGAAAUAAAUAAACACACUACAUGCAUCAACACUGACAGGCACGCCCACGCUUGCGUAUAAUUUAUUUACUAAUUAAUUAAUUUGUAAGGCAGUUGAAGUGUUGCAUGCACAGCAGCAGCAGAAGCGACAACAACACCAAGUGACGACAGCCACAAAGAGAGCAGCUAACCCAACCAACGACACAAAGUACGCGGCGCGCAAUAGUUCAUUGAUCUGACUCUGCCUCUGGCUCUGCAUAUCGAUCUGUCACUGUGUGUCUGUUUGUGUGCUACAUGUGUAUGUGUGUGUUGCAACAGUCUGCCCAGCAAUAAUUGCAUACAACAUACAACCUCUUCUAAUAUCAUAAACUAAGGUCUGAGACGUAGCUGUUGUUAUUCAAUUAUAAGGCUUGAAGUUCAAAGUGCGCCAUAGAACGUGUGCAUGUGGAACUCUACAUGACAAUUAUAGAAGCAGCAUCAGCGAUAAUACAACGCUCAAAUUAUUCACAACAACAACAAACGACUACAACAGCAACUAUGCAACUAAACUGCUACAAAAUGUCCACCCGCCAAAGCUCAGUGUUCAUAGUCUUAGGCAUAAUGCUGAUCAUCAUUGUGGCCGCCAACAGCGCUCCAGUCUCCACAACGACACAGGCAGAGAUAUAUCUGUCACAAUUUGGCUAUCUGCCCGCCUCAGCACGUAAUCCCGCCAGCAGUGGGCUGCACGAUCAGAAGACGUGGGUGAGCGCUAUACAAGAGUUUCAGAGCUUUGCCGGUCUAAACAUAACCGGUGAGCUGGAUGAGGAGACCAUGAAGCUGAUGUCCCUGCCUCGUUGUGGUGUAAGGGAUCGUGUGGGCACGGCCGAUAGUCGCUCAAAGCGCUAUGCUCUGCAAGGCAGUCGCUGGCGUGUCAAGAACCUCACCUAUAAAAUCUCCAAAUACCCGAAGCGUUUGAAGCGCUCCGAUGUUGACGCGGAAAUCGCGCGUGCCUUUGCUGUAUGGAGCGAGGACACAGAUCUAACUUUCACCAGAAAAGCUGCCGGUCCGGUGCACAUUGAGAUCAAAUUUGUGGAGAGCGAGCACGGCGAUGGUGAUGCUUUUGAUGGUCAAGGUGGCACUUUGGCGCACGCUUUCUUCCCAGUCUUCGGCGGUGAUGCUCAUUUUGAUGAUGCCGAGCUGUGGACUAUUGGCUCACCACGCGGCACGAAUUUGUUCCAAGUGGCUGCUCAUGAAUUUGGUCACUCUCUGGGCCUAUCGCACUCCGAUCAGAGUUCAGCUUUGAUGGCGCCAUUCUAUCGCGGCUUUGAUCCUGUCUUCAGACUGGACGAGGACGAUAAGGCGGCAAUACAGUCGCUUUAUGGGCGCAAGACCAACCAAUACACGCCCACAAACGUUUACCCACCUAGCACACAGCGUCCCGCAUUUACGCCGCCAAAGACACCUCUCGAUGACACCAUUUGCAAGGACUCCAAGGUGGACACAAUGUUCACAUCAGCACAGGGCGAUACAUAUGCCUUCAAGGGCGACAAAUACUACAAGCUCACAACCGAUUCUGUGGAAGAGGGCUAUCCCCAGCUUAUCUCAAAGGGCUGGCCAGGCUUACCCAGCAACAUCGAUGCAGCUUUCACCUACAAGAAUGGAAAGACGUACUUCUUCAAGGGUACACAAUACUGGCGGUACCAGGGCCGCCAAAUGGAUGGUGUCUAUCCAAAGGAGAUCAGCGAAGGUUUUACUGGCAUACCAGACCAUCUGGACGCGGCUAUGGUAUGGGGCGGCAAUGGCAAGAUCUACUUCUUCAAGGGCAGCAAAUUCUGGCGUUUCGAUCCGGCGAAGCGACCGCCCGUCAAGGCCAGUUAUCCCAAGCCCAUUUCCAACUGGGAGGGUGUACCCAACAAUCUGGAUGCAGCGCUCAAAUACACGAAUGGCUACACGUACUUCUUCAAGGGUGACAAAUACUAUCGCUUCCACGAUGCUCGAUUCGCGGUUGACUCAGCCGUACCACCCUUUCCCAGGCCAACAGCACACUGGUGGUUCGGCUGCAAGAACACGCCCUCGUCCACAGGUAAUAUUGUCGAAGACGAGGCGCUCGAAUCUGAGCAGCGCUCGCAACUGCAUGCCGAUGAUGGUAAUGGUGAUGUUGAUUUGGAAGCAGCUGUCGGUGAUCACCAAACAAAUGAUGACCCACCUGUACCCGAAUUAGCAGGACGAACUGGAUCUGGUGCCAUGAGCCAACUGACAAGCAACUCAGCCGUGGGCGUGCUCUUCAGUACGCUACUUUUGUGCUGCAUAUCGAAAUACAUAGUUAGCUAAAAGAGCCCCAAAGUGCAUUUUAAUUUAGGACAAAUCUGAACAAUUUAUAUUCACACUUAACAGUCCAAGUAAAGUUUUUAAAAUUUUACCACUCUGCAAAUUCGGAUUUUACGAAAAUUACGAGCAAAUAUUUUUUAAAAACAAUUGCGUAAGCAGGUGCCUUUGGUUGUUGUUGUGUACAUAAACAAAACAAAAUUAAACUAGACUUAACAUUCCAUAUUCGAAACAAAAUGCAAAAAAAAAAAAAAAAUAAUAACUUUAUUGUCUUACGAAUCAAAAUUUCACUUUUAAAUUUCGCCAGCCAUAUAAAUACUAUCGAUUAAAACAAAAAAUGAUAAGCAUAUAUAGUUUAGUUAAGAUUUUCGACAUACAUACAUGCAUGUUAUUGUUGUAGCACUACACAGUCAUCAAUGGCCCGUUAGUACAUACAUAUCUAUCUACAUACAAAUGUGGUAUAAUGAUAAUACAAACUAUAGCUGUUAUAAAUGUAUUGUUGGUUAAGUGAAAUC